UAAUAAACCAAAAUCAAAAAAACUUAAAAGAAAUAUCAGAAUUAUGUUUAAUGAUACGUUUGGUUCUUCAAAAACUUAUAAAUGUUCGUCGAUUAGUUAUGAUAUGUUAUGUUGUUGCUGUGUUAGAAAAUAUGAUGCCUUACACAUUGUAAAUACCACACAUACCACAUCAUUUUUGGAUACAUCAAGUGAUAAAAACAAUGUAUCACGAAAAAAAAAUGACACUAGCACUGUUAAAAUAUAUGCAAUAAGUAUCUCCUUACUCUUAAUAAAUAUAAUACUAUUAAUGUCGUUAUUGUCUAUAACAAAGAUAACAACAGAAAAAACAGCUAAACAACAAAUUUAUGAAAAUACAGACAUAUAUGUCAGCAAAUUAAAAAAUAUAAGUAGUGCCGAUUUAUCCAAUUUCAAACUAAUUAAUAUAACUAAUGUCAACCUUGGAAAUGCUACUGAGGCCAUUCACAAAAAAUCAGUGGACGACAGAUUCCUCUAUUAUUAUUUCAAUAACUCAAUCUAUAAGGAGGACAAGCAAAACGAAACAGCCUCAUAUAAGAAUAGUCUGUUGAUUUUAAAUAAAAUAAUUUAUAAAAGGUCUUCAAACGACAUGAAUAAUGUUGAUAAACUGCAGCCGGAGUUUGAAAAUAUGACAAACAUUGCUUACGAGUUCCAAUCAUUACACAACAAAGUGAGUGGUCCGGAUUAUAACAAAAUCUCCAAUUUAAAUAGCCAAGUAAAUAAUGCUAAACUUCAAACAACAGCAACUUUACAGCUGUUGUGGCAUAAUUACCCACAAGCUCAGCGAAAUGAUAAAAUAACAAACCCAAUAAGUGAUAAUGAACCAGACGACUACGAUGAUAAAGAUGAAAAUGGUAAUCUCAGUAAUCAAAAAUUCUUAAACUCCAAUAAUAUUCGAGACAAAGAAGAUAAUCAGAAACUUAUGAGAUUAAUAAUGGAUGGAUUAGGCUUGCAAAAGCUGCCAGAUAUGUCGAAGAUAAACAUAAGCCAGUUGGAAUACACUAGUAAAUAUCAAGAAUAUUUGCGACGGAUGCACGAAAGAAAAAAACGAGAACUUUCAUCUCAAACAAGCGAAGAUAAUCCAUUACAUAUCAUUAGUAUUUUAACUAAUCCGAAAAAAAGUAAUUCUUUGAAUAAUACAACACAGCACCGACAAAAAAGGGAUAUGAUGAUGUUCGGUUUAGGAAACCUUAAUAAGCAGUCACGUAACGUCAGACAUGCCCGUAAUUAUGUAAAAACUCGUAUUUUGUUACAUUUUUCUUUGAAUAGAAAUUUAACAAAAUUAAGCCCAGAGGAUAUUGAAGAAGCAAAUGUAAGACUGAUGCUUAUACAUAGCCCAGCACUAUCAACUAAAUUUAGCAAAUCGAAUUUUAGUAUUCCGAAAAAAAACUGUGGAAUUCGAAAAAAUUCAGUACACGAACGAAAAAUAAACCAGACACAUAGUCUUAAUUUGAACAUCUUGCAUUUACAAAAACACGGCAAGAGAAAAUGGCUUGACAGCCAUAAAGUCAAUAUUGUGAUAGAUCAAAACAAAUUAGAUGAAACACAGACACAAUGGCUACAAUUCGAUGUCACAAAAGCAGUGAUAGCUUGGAUAAGUGACGGAAAAUAUUUAGAACCUUUAAGUUUUGAGGUCCAAUGUCCUUAUUGUAAGCGUUUUGGUGCUCGCAUUUUAAAUGACUUACCUCUAUUUUUGUCAUCAGUUAAUCACGAAAUUGAAGAGCAAGCAAUCUACAAUGAAACCAAUAACACAAAAUCAUUAAUGCCGGUAUUGAAUAUCAUUGGUCAUUUAUGGGGUAUGCAACAAAAACAUGAGACCAGAAAACAACAACAUAACGUCAACAAUCAGUCUACUGAAAGUAAUGUGAAAGAGUUAGCGAAUCAAAAAAAUUAUUGUACUGAUCGAAAUCAACGAUGUUGUAGGCAUACAAUGGAAGUAAUUUUCAAAGAAAUAAAAGGAUUCGAGUUUAUAAUUCAACCUAAAGUUUUUGAUGCAGGCUAUUGCCAUGGUCGUUGUCCUCCCCGAUACAAUCCUGCACACCAUCAUGCAAUGCUCCAAAGUUUAAUAUGGAAGCAAAAUAGAACACGUGCUCCACGUCCUUGUUGCGCACCUUCAAAGCUUGUAGAACUGGAAGUGCUGCAUGUUGAUGAAAAAGACAGUGAAAAAUUAAAAAUUUCAACUUGGACUGAUAUGCGCGUAAUUGAAUGCUCAUGUUCGUAAAACCAAAUUUCCUUCAGAAGAGCAACACAUUCCUGCCCACCACUUAGAGUACUGAAUAAGUCAAGUCAUAAGCGCUAUGAGUUCUACUAGGUUACUUUCAUAGAUUCGUUCUUAGCAAUUCUAGAAUAAAUUUGAUAUUAAUUUAUUUAAAAAAAUUAAAUUUUUUAACCCCAUACAAAUUUCUAAAAAAUAA